AUGGAUCGCAUCGUAUCUCCGCUCCAAUCGGCUUUUAUCUCGGGGAGAUGGAUAGCUGAAUCCUCUAUCCUAUCUCAAGAAUUGGUUCAAGUCAUAAAAAAGAAAAAAGGGAAGGGAGGUUUGAUGGCCAUUAAAGUUGAUAUGAACAAAGCCUAUGAUAGGCUUGAAUGGAGUUUUCUAGAGAAGGUUCUUCAAUCCCACGAUUUCAGUCCUCAUUUCAUCAAGAUGAUUAUGGAGUGUGUAUCUUCUGUGACUUACUCUAUCCUGCUCAAUGGCAAACCUCUUCCUAAAUUCAGUCCUAAGAGAGGAAUUCGACAGGGAAACUCGAUAUCUCCCUUUCUUUUUCUUCUGUGCAAUGAUGUCUUAUCUAGAAUUAUUUCUAAAGAUCAAGAACUGGGGAGGAUUCAUGGUAUUCAACUAGCGAGAGGAGCUCCGGCAAUUUCCCACCUCAUGUUCGCAGACGAUACGAUUCUCUUCUGCAGAGCAAAUAGUAGAGAGGCUGAGAACCUUGGAAAAUGUUUAAAGGUUUUUGAAGAUUGGUCUGGCCAAAGAUGUAGUAAACCAAAAUCAGGUAUUCUCUUUUCUAGAAACUGUCCUGAUUCUAUUCGAAAUGAGAUUUCUUUGAAAUUGGGUAUUGAAACAAUGAGGGGCAACGAGAAACAUCUGGGUAAUCCCUUUCUCUUUACUAGAAGCCGUCAGAAAGAUUUUGACUUUCUUAAAUCAAAACUCCUUUCUCGGCUUGAUGGGUGGAGGAUGAAAACUCUGUCUAUAGCAGGAAGAAUGGUCUCCAUUAAUUCUGUUGCUAUGGCUCUCCCUGCUUAUACUAUGACGACUAAUAAACUCCCGAUUUCCUCUUGUAAAGAGAUGGAUGCCAUUGUGAGAAGAUUUUGGUGGAAAGGUCAUCUCAAAGACUCUCAAUUUCUUGCUACUAAAUCUUGGGAUUCUCUCUGUCAACCUAAAUGUUGUGGUGGGUUGGGUUUUAGAAGAUUUGAAGAUUUCAAUUUGGCUCUAUUGUCUAAACUGGCGUGGAUGCUGGCUUGUGGUAAUGAAAGACCGUGGAUUAGAUCCCUUAAAGCUAAAUAUUUUGCUCUUGAAUCCUUCUGGCAAGUUACUCCUAAAGCUUCGGACAGUCCGGGGUGGAGGGGCAUUCUUGAGGCGAGACGUAUUAUUGUUGAAAGAGCAAAAACAAUUAUCCACAAUGGAGAAGACAUCGAUAUAUGGUUUCAACCUUGGAUCCCAUGGUUGAACUAUACUGAAUUUAGAGACAUUAUGGAAGGGAUACGAUUUAAAGCUCCUGCUCUCCGUUCAGUUGCUGAUUUACUCUAUCGUCAAACUCGAACUUGGAAUGUGGGGUUUCUUAAAUUUCUCUUUGGGGAGGAGUUAGGAAUUAAGAUCAGUUCGAUCCAGAUUAAUCAUCAAGGCAGUUCGGACAUGGUUAUUUGGAAGGGGUCAAACUCUGGAAGUUUUUCGGUAAAAAGUGCCUAUGUAUCAAGCCAAGAAGUGCGAUUUGGUGGAAAAGAUUUGCUCUGGAAAGAUAUAUGGCAUUCUGGUAUUCACCCGAGACAGAGUAUGAUUCUGUGGAGGGCUAUAGCGGAUGCAUUGCCUACUCGAAGCAAAUACGGGGGUGAUACUGGAACUGGAUGCUUCUUUUGUAAUAAUAGUAUGGAGACUCCUUUGCACCUGUUUGGCAGAUGCACACUAGCCAGAGCAAUCUGGUUUGGGGCCCCUAUUCCCAUCCACUCUGAGCAAGUUGUAGGGUCUGAUCUGACCGAAUUUGCCUCUGGUAUCAUCACCAUUCUGAAAGCAGCAAAGAUGGAUGGGCCUUUAAUUUGGUUGGCUUCUGUUAUGGAGAUUAUUUGGCUUUGGAGAAACAAGCUGAACAGAGGGGUUGAUGUUUCCAUAAACCCGGAAGUGAUCCUAGCUGAGGUCAAAAGUAGGCAUUCUGAGAUGGUUGAAAGCCUUUACAAGAAUAGAUCUGAACACAAUGUAGGCUCUUUGAAGAACUCGACUGUUGAGGGGAAGGUACCUUUUACCCCAAAAGUUCUAAUAGCAGAUGGAGCCUUUAAAAAUGGUAAGUCAGGUGGUGCGUUCAUCGUUAUUGACUACGAUAGUAGUAUUUGGGAAGGGAAGUAUUUCAAAGGAUCACAGUCUGAUGCUACUGGUGCGGAGAUGGAAGCCUUAAAUAUGGCGCUGUGUUGGGCUGAAGAAAGAAUCUGGAACAAUUUUGCUGUGUUUUCUGAUUCUCGGGUUAGCUUGAAUGCUCUUGCCAUUGAGAAGCCACCUGAUUGGAAACUUUGGCCUCUUUUCACUGAAAUUCUGCUCGAAGAAGAAAGCUUGGAGAGAUUCGUUUUUCUUAUGUUAAUCGAAAUGUUCUAA